AUGAAUGGGGCGCCGACCCACCGCCCUUUAGCGGAGCUGGGACCCUCUGAGCGCAGACGAAAUUCUCCAAGUUACAGUCAAGCCACGAAGAAGCCAAUGUUCCAAGCCGAUUCAUCACCUUUCGAGACAUCGCCCAGCAACAAUUCUCCUCGCCUCUAUUGGCAGAGUCGAGAUCCUGGUUCCCCGACGAGGAGCAACGCGGAGAAUAGAGAUCCUCGUGACCAUUCGCCUUCGCCGGCCAAGCGAUCUUCCAUCGAAAAUUUAAAGCGUGCAUCUCGUGUAAAGAACAGCAGUAUGUUUGCCCGCGAACAAAAAUUAGAGUAUGACCCUGCUUCAAGCCCCAUGGUAGAGCGACCUCUUGCUUUGGGUAGACCGUUCAGUCCCCAGAUUCAAGGAAAUGCGCUUGGGUGGAAGGACUCGGAUGGUCUGCGGACAGAAAACAAAGGCAGCCCAUUGCGCUCUCAAACGAAGGUUGCGAGCAGAGCGAGCAUGCCGAACCCUAUCAGUGCUUCUAGCAAGGCACAGGGUUCGCCUACAAAGUCAUCACUAUCCAAUAAGACCCAUAAUGCACAGGCGCAAGGCUUCGACCCCGAAAACGGCAUAUGGUCAGACGACGAGGAUUCCAUCAAUGACCGCCAGCUGCCACCAGGCAAGUGUCUUCAUCGGCAUGCGAAGAGCGUGACUUUCGACGUCGCGCCGCCCCAAGUCAAUGAGUACGAACAAGCCACACCAGAUCCCUCUUCCGUAGCGUCCGGAUCUCGAGAAGGCAGCCAUGAUUCAUAUGACAGUGAUGAGGACGAGAGCUUUGAUCGUGGUUCCUCUUUUGGGCCAGAGGACUCUUUUGAUGCGUCACUUGAGGACACGGAGAAAACUCCCGUAGUUUUGCCAGAAGACUGGAGAUUCAUGAGCCCCGAAGUAGCCAAUGAUGACCUUACUGCAUUGGCCGAUGACCCAUUCCAAAUUGGUUCUGGUAGUCCGGCACCUACAGCUUGGCCUUCAUCAGCUGUUGAAGCUCGUGGAUCCCCAACGCGUACAGAUUCUCAGGACUCGAGCGGAGAGCGUCGACCUUUACCGCCGCUGCCUCCUCCAGGUGCAAUAACCGCAAAUCACAAUCGGACAGAUUCUAGUGAAAGCUUCAAUACCGCUAGUGAACGCGCACAUCAUCGGCAACGCUCUGGAAGCUCUCCAUCACGUCCAGCUUCGGUUACCAAAGCCGAGAUUCAAAACAUGAGCGGAUGUUCAAUGCCAAUAGAAGACCGAUUAAAACUCAUGAUGCUUGGUGAAGAUCCGAGUUCGAAGUCUCCUGCUGAUGAGCAGCGAGAGCGUAAACUUAGGCGUGGAUCUCCCACUCGAAGCCCUGGAUGUCAAGCUGGUCAGCAACACGAAGAUUUUCAGGAAGUCGAGACUGAGGAGGACGACGUUGCUGAUCUCGGAGACUAUCAGCUUCCUCCCAAAAUAUCUCGCGAAUCUAUUCUUCGAAAAGUGAAAGCUCAGACUCAAGCUGAAGAAAGCCGUUUGAAGGAAGACAAGUCCUCUUUUGUGCUCAGCUCACGCUUUAGUAAGGACAUCAAAAGCCUAGAUCCUGAUACACCACUUCCAACGACAGAAAUUGUAGAUCAGAACAGUCCUCAGAUCAAACGAGAACCUGACGAAGAAAGCGAAGUUGAUGUAUAUGCAAUUCCUGAUCUUUACAGCGAGCAUCUCCAGGCUGAGUCCUUCAUGAAUGCUAUGGAGAAGCUCGAAGCCGUUAAGCUCGCUCAGGAGGAGAAGCCUCAACAUUCACGGCAUUCCGACAAUGUUGAUGAUGAUGAUGAAAGUCAUUAUUCGGAGGACUUCACUACUCGCGUAGCUCCAGCUGAUGCAGCGCAAAUCGCAGCCGAAUCAGAGCGUGGCUCGUCAACACCAAAAGUCUCCCAAACCCAUCAAGAUACGGUUUGUGAUCAGAAACGCAGCCACAGGAUGUCUCUUCCCCAAUUUGCUGCUCUUCUUGGUAAUGAUGAUUUUGACUUUGGCAUGGAGUCGUUCAUGACAGAGCAUCGACCGUCGCAGCAUGACAUCACGGAACCAGAAGCUGUGUCAUAUAAGUCUGAAGCAGUCCUCGUUUCCUCAGACGAGGGAGAGAUCAAGAGUGCUUCUAUCACUCACACUGAGGUGCAGCGACCAGUGACGCCCGACGCUCAGCUGGAUCCACCCACAUUUCCAGGGCAAGGAAGAAACUCGGACGAUGAGCCAAGAACUCCAGACUCCGUGAUUCGACGUCCUCUUAACGAACAAGCAGCUGAAUCUCCUGGAAUUCCAGAGCCUGUUGCUACUAUCAAGGCUUCGGGAAGCAGGCUCAAGACUCGCCAGUCCGCGACACCUGCUGACAUUCAAGCGAUGGCCGACGUGAGACGACAAGUAAGCGGCGAGGUUCCAGCGGUACCCAAGAUACCUGAGCAGCAGCACGCCAGACCUUCCGUCGUUCCUGAGUGUGAUGAAGCAUUCGCUGAAGCAAGCAGUGAAAGCGUACCAAUGGACAUUAACCGAAGCAAGGACGAUCUGAAGCAACCUAAGCGGAAGAGCAGCCUCGUUACCCUGGAUCUCUGCGUUGAUGAGGCUGAUGAGGGACUCGGCAUAGAAAACGAGUUCGAUCGUUUGCUGGAAGCACAAAAGAAAGGGUAUUUGAUGAGACAAAAUACCAAAGUCAUCGUCGCCAGUAGUGCGUCUCACGAGUCAGCAGCAAAUGCCAACGAUGAAGCCCCGCCCACUGCUCGUGGUACAAGGUCAGCAGGCAAUUCUCCAAGAAAGGCAAGCCAGACUCAACCAUGGACGAGUGAACCAUGGAAUGGUAAGAUUCGCCGUAAAAGUAUUCGAAAAUCUGGGGGAAUCCCUUCCAAGCCGGCUAGUGGGCCUGUGCCUCCGCUGCCGGGUCAGCAAAGCAACGUUGCUAGUGGGUUGGACAGCGUUGCGGAGAAUGAGUCCCUUGAUGCCCCUGAGGAGAUAGGGGAGGAUGGCGAACGCGGCAGGUUAUUUGUGAAGGUAGUCCGAGUCAAGGACUUAGAUCUACCGUUGCCACGAGGCGAGCGUUCCUAUUUCGCAUUGACUCUGGACAAUGGUCUCCACUGCGUUACUACCUCCUGGCUCGAGCUGGGUAAAACGGCACCGAUUGGCCAAGAAUUCGAACUUGUUGUCCUGGACGACUUGGAGUUUCAACUUACCCUGCAAACAAAAAUCGAGGAGCCGCUACCAAAGCCUGUCAUCGAGUCCCCAACUAAAGCAGCCAAAGCCCCGAAGUCGUCUGCUUUCAGUCGGGUUUUUGCAUCGCCGAAGAAGCGUAAAGAAAUGGAGCUUAGACAGCAAGAAGAAGCUCAGAGAGCAGACCGGCAAAGACAACAAGACGCAAUGGCUAACAGACGGUCGACUCAGCCCACAGCAUGGGAGCUUCUCCACAACCUGGUUGCUAAAGAUGGAAGUUUCGCUCGGUCGUAUGUCAGUCUGGAAGACCAUGAGGCUAGUGCUUACGGCAAGGCGUAUACUGUUGAUGUACCCUGCUUUAACGAAUGGGCAACAGAGGAAAUGCACAAUGGUAGCAGCGCAAGGAGUAAACGAGCCGGUGGCACCUUAAGAAAACCUCCAUACCGAAUCGGCAAGCUCGAGCUCCAGAUGUUCUAUGUCCCUAAGCCUAAGGGAGCAAAGGAGGAAGACAUGCCCAAAAGCAUGAAUGCAUGUAUUCGUGAGCUCAAGGAGGCGGAAGCAGCUGGGCCGACUAAAUGGGCGGGCCAUCUCAGUCAACAAGGCGGGGACUGUCCUUAUUGGCGCCGUCGCUACUUUUCCCUGGACGGCUCAAAGUUCACGGCGUACCAUGAAGCAACACGACAGCCACGAGCCACCAUAAAUCUUGCCAAGGCCAGUAAGCUCAUUGACGAUAAGUCGGCUCUGAUGAGAACCGGGAAAGGGAGCCGACGCAAGUCAGCCUUUGCCGAGGAGGAAGAAGGUUACAUGUUCGUCGAAGAAGGCUUCCGCAUGCGAUUUGCUAAUGGCGAGACCAUCGAUUUCUAUGCCGACUCAGCAGCCGACAAGGACAGCUGGAUGAAAGCCCUGUCGGAAGUUGUUGGCAAAGACUUAAAGAAUAAGAAGUGGUCUGAUCUUGUGAUUGAGAGACACCGUGCCGUUGCUUCUCGGGCUCAGCGAGCCAUGAAUGGCAAGAUGCGACCUCCUUCACCAGCCAAGGCUGCGCCUUCAACGACCUCUAAGCCUCUACCUUCGACGCGGUCUGCACCUGCCACACCAGCAAAGAAUUUCGCUCCAAGGCAACCGCCACUGCCAGUACCAGAGAAAAGUCCAAGAAGAAGCGAUGCUGGGUUGGCAAACCGGAGAGCAGAUGCUGGGUCAAAGACAAGAUCCAUGAUUUUCUGA